AAACUGUACACAUACAUGCUGUCCUUAUCAGUUUGAGUUAAAACCACAGUUUCAGCUGCCUCAGCUGCACUCUGGUAGGAGCCAUCAUGGAGAGAGCUGUGGUGCGAAUCACCGUCUUUGGGCUGCUGCUGGCUUUGGCUACCACACUACCAAACAAGGACGACUGGGACAUCUACAGCUUUCACAUCAACUCCACAGUGUCCAGUCGUUAUGCAACCACUGUCAUCACGAGCCGCGUGGCCAAUCGGAUGGACGAGUCAAAGGAAAUAGAAUUCCAAGUCCGGAUUCCCAAGAACGCCUUCAUCAGUAAAUUCAGAAUGUUUAUAGAAGGUCAAGUGUACGAUGGUGUUGUGAAAGGUAAAGAGAGCGCUCGGCAGCAGUACACGGAGGCCGUGUCCCGUGGUGAAAGCGCUGGGCUGGUCAGUUCUGUAGGGAGGACUCUGGAGGAAUUCAAAACCUCUGUUACUGUGGCUGCUCACAAAAAGGUCACCUUUGAACUCACAUAUGAGGAGCUGCUGAAGCGAACGCUUGGAAAGUACGAGCUGCAAAUCCACGCUCGACCCAUGCAGCCUGUCAAAGACUUCAAGGUUGAUGUGCACAUUAACGAGAAAACCGGCAUCAAUUUCAUCGAGAUUAAAGGAGGACUGAGCACCAAAGCCCUGGCUAAUGCCAUCACCAAAACACACGCCGACAAACAGGCGUGGGUGUAUUUCUACCCGACAGAGGACCAACAGAAAACGUGUGACAGCUGUGGGGAGCAGGGUAUGAAUGGAGAUCUGGUUAUUGUGUAUGAUGUCAACAGGGACACCUCUCUGGGAGAAAUCAAGAAAUCAGAUGGAUACUUCGUUCAUCACUUUGCUCCAUCCAGUCUUGCCCGCAUACCAAAAAAUGUUGUCUUCAUUAUUGAUCAAAGUGGCUCAAUGCACGGCAAGAAAAUACAACAGACCCGAAUAGCAUUGAUCCACAUCUUGAGCGACCUGGCAGAGGAGGACCACUUUGGUCUUUUCACUUUUGAUAGCAACCUUUUUCACUGGAAACGAGAACUUGUUCAGGCCAACAAGGAAAACGUUGAGAGUGCCAAGACAUUUGCACGGAAUAUCGUAGAUCGAGGAGCCACAGACAUUAACAGAGCAGUGUUGGAAGGAGCACGUAUGCUGAAUGCACAUCCCAGAGAAGGUUCAGCGUCCAUCCUCAUACUUCUCACCGAUGGAGACCCAACCUCAGGGGUGACAAAUGUCGAAGUAAUCCAUUCAAAUGUCAGGCAGGCCAUUGCAGAUAAAUUCCCACUCUACUGUCUUGGUUUUGGUUUUGAUGUCAAUUUUGAGUUCCUUGAGAAGAUGUCACUGCAGAACAACGGUGUGGCCCGACGGAUUUAUGAAGACUCUGAUGCAGAUUUACAGCUGAAGGGUUUCUAUGAAGAGGUGGCUACUCCUCUAUUGAUAGAUGUGACAAUGAUCUAUAACGGUGGGACCAACCUAACCCAGACCAACUUCAGCCAGUUUUAUAAUGGCUCUGAGAUCGUGGUGGCUGGUCAGAUCACUGACAAUGACAUCGAAACCUUUACUCCACAAGUUGUGGCCAUUUCGAGGAGUAGAAAGGUGACCUUUUCUGAAACUAACACCACUGUGGAGUCCACUGGAACAGUUUCCAACAGCCACAUCCAGAGGGUCUGGGCCUACCUCACAGUCAAACAGCUUCUGGAGAAAGAGCUGCUGUUAUCUGGAGCUGAGAAGGAGAAUGUGAAGAAAGAGAUCCUGGAGCUGUCGCUGAAGUACAACUUUGUGACCCCGCUCACAUCCAUGGUGGUCACCAAGCCUCCGGGGGAGAAGACAGAUGUGCUCCAUAAACCCAAGGAAGGGGAAGCACACAGUCCACCCAUGUCAGGUGGAACAUGGGCACAGCACUAUCCUGUAGGGUACAGUCCACCCAUACGAUCUGGACGGUUUAGAUCUGGAGGUUUCUCACCGCAGCUCCAUGAUGCGUCAGGUAGAAGAAGGCUAAGUACCAGACCACACCAAGUUCAAGUUCCAGAUGAUGAAAGUUAUUUGAUGUCUGGAAUGCUUCCCUUUCCGCCAGAGACUGGGCUCACACCAUCUCGUGCUCCUCACGUUGAUACCGCGAGGGGGAAAGUGCGUCCCACCUUUGUGCCAGACAGAGCAACUAAAGCUCCUGUCUCCCACAGGUUUUUGCUAAAAUCUGAGAAUCUUUCUCUUCCACUGUGCUUCGACGUCACUGGAGAUGUUCGCCUUAAACUACUUCAUCAUCCCACCAGGGAGCUGUCUGUGAAUGGUGAGCUUGAUUCAGUCAUGAAUGGAGGCUUCAAAAAGAUUGUCAUCCACUUAAACACUGACCUGCAUGUUGAGGUGGACACCAAUAAAAUCAUUGUACGAGAUGGACAGACGCUGACACGCCACCGUGGACAGGAUGUCUUCACAGCUGGAAGUUUGUCCGUGAUAAGGCGGGACGAGGAAAUAGAUGUUGCAGUUGGAGACACACGCGUGGUCAUCCUACUUCAUGUGAAGGACGGAGAAAAACUCCUCUGGCCGGUUUUAAGACAGCAGCCACUGGAAGACAACGUCACAGGAAUUUUAGCUCUGAAGCCAGCAGUUUAUGAGGAGCUGCAACAAACUCCCUCAAUCAAACUGAAGAUCAAAGACCAGGAGGUUGACGUAACCAGGGCCGAUGCUGUCGACUACAGUAUCGUCUCCCCUCCGACUCUGGACUGCUGGCUCAUGUCUGCUGGGUCCGUCCUGCAGAGACGCCUGGAGGAUUUCAUGGUUACACAACUUUAACUGGGAACAUGUUGAAUCACUUGCAGAGAUUUCAUUCAAAAGAUGAGUCAAAUAGUCAUUCAUCAUGGAAGAAAGACCUGUUACUAACAUUAACAAAUAAAUAAUAUUCCAGAUA